AUGAACCUAUCCAUCCGCUUGGAUAGUUUAGGAGCUACCCAUCCACCUGUUGAGAAAGAUUUUAUCUCCCCUGCAAUUCUCUAUUAUACUUUCUCAAAAUUCAUACGGUCUCCAUCCCUUCCCUCAUCUCCGUCCUCACAAACUCACUCUCGUUCGACGAUGGCGGCGUCGGCAGCUUCUAGAACCUUCCUCCCCUCACUCCCGAAGCUCCUACGACCUUCUAGAACCUUCCAAUUGCCACGUCGCCUCCCAUGCCGCGCCUCCUCGUCCUCGUCCUCGUCCUCCUCCUCCACCGGCGAACAGCGGGGACUCAUCGAAUCCAUCACAAACGAAAACCUCAGGUCAGCGUCGUCCUCCGGCACGAAUCUCAAAGUCUACUGUGGCUUCGACCCGACGGCCGAGAGCCUCCACCUAGGUAACCUCCUCGGCCUCAUCGUCCUCUCCUGGUUCCCCGACGUCACCCACACCCCCGUCGCCGUCAUCGGUGGCGCCACCGGUCGCGUCGGUGAUCCCUCUGGAAAAAGCCUCGAGCGACCGGAAUUAGAUAUAGAAACCCUAGAAAAUAACAGUAGAGCAAUUAAGCAGCUAAUCUCUAAAAUAUUAGGAAAUUCAGCUGGGGUUUUUGCUAAAGAUGCGAUUUUGGACGUGGGUUCUGAGAAUGAGAGCGAUUCGGUUGUGAUUUUGGACAAUUACGAUUGGUGGAAGGGGAUCACGUUGUUGGAUUUCCUCAAAGAGGUUGGGAGGUUCGCUAGGGUUGGGACUAUGAUGGCGAAAGAGAGCGUGAAGAAGAGAUUGAGCUCGGAAGAGGGAAUGAGCUACACUGAAUUCACUUACCAAUUGCUACAAGGCUAUGAUUUCCUCUACUUGUUCAAGAAUCAUGGAGUAAAUGUUCAGAUUGGGGGAAGUGAUCAAUGGGGGAAUAUAACCGCUGGGACUGAAUUGAUUCGAAAAAUAUUGCAGGUUGAAGGAGCUUAUGGAUUGACCUUCCCCCUUUUGUUGAAGAGUGAUGGCACAAAGUUUGGGAAAUCUGAAGGAGGAGCUAUUUGGUUAUCACCCGCGACGCUGUCGCCUUAUAAGUUCUAUCAGUAUUUCUUCUCGGUGCCCGAUGUAGAUGUUAUUAGGUUCUUGAAGAUUUUAACUUUUUUGCGUAUGGAGGAGAUUACAGAGUUGGAAGAGGGAAUGAAGAAGCCUGGUUAUGUUCCAAAUACAGUGCAGAGAAAGCUAGCAGAAGAAGUGACCCGUUUUGUUCAUGGAGAAGAGGGUUUAGUUGAGGCAUUGAAGGCAACUGAAGCUCUAAGACCAGGAGCAGACACUAAGUUAGAUUGGGAAACAAUUGAAGGGAUAACUGAGGAUGUUCCAUCAUGUUCUUUGGCUUAUGAUCAGGUGUUAAAUUCUUGUUUGGUUGAUCUUUCGGUUUCUACUGGUUUGCUUAAUAGCAAGUCUGCAGCGAGACGAUUACUGAAACAAGGGGGGCUUUAUUUGAACAAUAGAAGGAUUGAUAAUGAUGGCAAGAUGAUUGAUGUGGAUGAUAUUGUUGAUGGGAAAGUGUUGUUGUUGUCUGCAGGGAAGAAGAAUAAGAUGGUUAUAAGGGUAUCAUGAUUUUGAAAAAUGAGAUGGUUAUAACUUAUAAGGAUAUCAUGAUUCCUUCUUCUAAACAAAUUUUCAGAGUUUUAAGAAUAUUGUUAUUUACUGAUUUUCCGUAUAAGUGUUGAUCGUUCAUUUUGAGGAAAAUAAAGUCCUAUUUUGUCAUUUGAGCAUUAAUAUACCAAUUUAUGGUUUUUGGUUGUA